UGCUUACGUCAUAUUUGGCGCUCAUUUGAGUCAAUGUUUGCGUUCAAAGUCGUCGUGUCUUUUGAAACACCAAUUCAUUUGUCACUCAAUUGAUCCCAAAGACCACUGCUAUUACCACCGCUGAAGACACACCACUGCUCACCACCACUGCACCCAUGGCUCACGUGAAGCAGCGGCAGAGGGCGUCGCGCGGUAACGACGCGGUGGCCAUCGAUGACGACGAUAUGGAUAACGACUUAAGCGAUGAUCAGCGGAUGAACGCCACGGAUGGCCACAACGAGGCCGAUGAAGAGCUCGAACAGAACUUCACGCCAAUCAGCAAACUCGAGGGUCAGGGCGUGACAGCCGUGGACGUGAAGAAGCUGCAGGAGGCGGGCCAUCACACCGUCGAGUCUGUCGCUUAUGUCACCAAAAAGUCUUUGGAGAGAAUAAAAGGCAUUUCCGAACAAAAGGCUGAGAAGAUUAUCUCCGCGGCCAUGAAGUUGGUUCCCAUGGGGUUCUCCACCGCCACUGAAUACCAUAUAAAGAGAUCAGACAUUGUGGUCAUCACUACUGGUUCUAAGGAGUUGGACACUCUCUUGAAGGGUGGCAUAGAGACCGGUUCCAUCACUGAGAUGUUCGGCGAGUUCCGCACCGGGAAGUCGCAGUUGUGUCACAUGCUGUCCGUGACGUGUCAGUUGCCCUUCGACGUGGGCGGCGCUGAGGGCAAGUGUCUGUACAUCUGCACUGAGGGCACCUUCCGUCCCGAGCGCUUCGUGGACAUCGCCCGGCGCUUCAACCUCGACGAGAGUCAGGUGCUCGACAACAUCGCCUACGCGCGCGCCUACAACAGCGACCACCAGACGCAGCUGCUCGUGGAGGCGGCGCACAUGAUGUCGGAGGCCAGGUAUGCGUUGCUGGUGGUCGACAGCGCCACCGCCCUCUACAGGACCGACUUCUGCGGCAGAGGGGAACUGGCGGCCCGUCAGAUGCAUUUGGCGCGCUUCAUGCGAAUGUUGCAACGCCUGGCCGACCAGUUUGGUGUGGCGGUGCUCAUCACCAAUCAAGUGGUGGCUAAUGUGGACGCGUCGGCCGUUUUCAGCGCCGACACCAAGAAGCCGAUCGGCGGCCAUAUCAUGGCUCACGCGUCGACCACACGGCUGUACCUCAAGAAAGCGAAGGGCGAGAAUAGGGUGUGUCGGGUGUACGACAGCCCCAACCUCCCGGAGGCCGAGGCUAUGUUUAGUAUACAGUCGGAUGGCAUUCAGGACGCCAAGGAGUAG